UCCACUUUAUAGUUCGUACAGCUCACAACUUCCUGCAGCAGCGGUAAUUCAUGAAAAUAUUCGAUGUCAGCUUCUGGUUGACAUCCGCACCUCAACAGUUUUUCCCUUCAAAAAAAAGAGCACAGUUCUCAGAUAUUGACAGAAAAUGCAUAACGGGGACAAUAUUGAAGAGCAAGCCAGUGAUAAACCAUCCGAUCUCCCCAGUCUCCAGAUCCCCGACUCUCCGACUGGCAGUCCACCUAGACAGCGACCCCUGUCGGACAUGCUGGAAGUGGAGCAGUGCGUAGCUAACCUCACCCUGGCACAUGAAAUUGUCGUCAACGCAGACUUCCGGUUCAGGCAAAACAACCCCCCCAAAGACAGCCUGGAGGGUAGGGUGAAGGAGAUCGUUCACCAGGCAUUCUGGGACAGCCUGCAGGCUCAGCUGUGUUGCAGUCCUCCAGACUAUACACACGCGAUUUCACUGUUGGAGGAGGUGAAGAAUAUACUGCAGUCCCUGUUGCUUCCAGGCCACGUGCGUCUCCGGGCCCAGAUGGAGGAAGCCCUGGACAUAGGGCUGAUCCGACAGCAGGCCAAACAUGGCGCCCUGGAUCUGCACCGCCUGGGCGAGUACAUCGUCACCACCAUGGCCUCCCUGUGUGCCCCGGUCCGUGACCCCGAGGUCCGCCAGCUCCGGGCGCUCUCUGACCCUGUGGAUCUGCUCAGAGAGAUCUUCCGUGUUUUGGGCCUGAUGAAGAUGGACAUGGUUAACUUCACCAUGCAAAGCCUGAGGCCACACCUUCUCCAGCAGGCUAUCCAGUACGAGCGUGCAAAAUUCCAAGCAAUCCUUGAUAGACAACCAGAUUCCCUAGAUAAUACCACUUCCUGGCUGCAGGGGGCAGCACAGGAGCUUGCCUCUGGUAGCUUAGGGCACACAAUGGUCCUACCCAAGGGAGGUUCCACCCUUAGCACAUCUGUGGUGAGCCCGAGUGCCACACUGACCUGUGCGUACAUGCGUCUCCUGAGCUGGGAUUCUGAGAACCCUUGCUAUCCUGAGACAGUUCAGAUGGACCGGACUCGUCUGGAGUCGCUGGGGCAGGCUACGCAGCACUUGGUGCUCGAGGCUGCAGUUCUGCUGGUGACCAGCACUCAUUGUGAGGAGGGUAUCUUCUCAAGGCCAGGGUUUGUAGUUAAACUCAAGCAGGCUGUUGCUGCCCUUCUGGAGGGUUGUCACAACAGGGGAUUCGAUCUGCAGGGGGCAUUGCUGGGUGUGGGGGAGCAGGUGCAAAAGCUGGUGAACGAAGCCCUGAUGGCCCAAGGAGGGACAGCACUGAUGCUCGAGAGGGAGGGAAUUCUGAAGGCACAGAUCGCUGGGCUGGUCAAGGACCAGGACCCUGUCCGUAUUCUCAUAGGUGCCCGUGUCCGAGGUUUUCUGAAAGCCGUGGUGGCAGCGCCCACCACCCAGGGAGCCCCACCAGUGCCACCUGCCCUAGUGCUGGUGGCACAUGAGCUGGCAGAGCUGGGCAUGGCAUUUCAGCGCAUCGUUCAUUUCAACCAGCAAGUGUUCGGCCCAUACUACUCCUCCAUUCUCAAGAAGUUGCUAUUUCCACAGGGGGCACCAGAGAUGGGGCUAGAUUCCCGUUAGAUGGUAUUCUUGCACUCUACCUUACUACUGCGGCAUUACACAGUCAGCACACUAGAGGGCAGCACAUAUUUUCUAUACGUGAUCGGUCGCUGAUAUAAUUACUGUAUAUUUUUAAUCUGAAAAAUACAAUAAUGAAUGAAUCCUAAAAAAAUCUAUGUCUAUGCACUAUAUGUUGUGAUUGCAUUAUAUUUUAACUUGUAUGUUUAUCUUUGUUUUGUUUAAUCAGUUUUCAAAAUAGGCAUGAAUUAGUUUGUUACUUUGAACCGAUUUUUAAUGGGUGCUUGUUUCAUAUAAUGUUAUUUUUUAACCUUUUUGUUUGGCUUUGUAAUGUUUAAUUUGUUUUCAAAAUCGGCAUGAAGUUAUAUUGAGCCAUUUUUUAACGAGUGGUUUUUUCAUAUAAGGUUUCAUAGGAAGUGGUAUUUCUUUAUAUAAAACACUUAUGAAUGGUGUUGCACUUUACUAAAGCACUUACCAAAAACAUCAGCAAUACUGAAUUAUAUCAAUAAAUCUAUUUGAACAACA